UUUUGUCUUGUAAGUCGCACGGAUCUCCUCUCUCUGCUAGUCCAGAACCCAAGAGAUGCUGUUUACUUUGCAGCUCAGGAGCAAGAGAGCGAGGAUUGGCUAGCAGCUCCGUUAUAUGGGCAGGGGUUGGCCUUGAGCCGAUUGGUUCAUCCCAACUGUCAGUCUUUUACACAAAGGAUUAUGGUAGAACAUGUGACUAACCACGUGACCUGGAAGGUCCUUUAGACACUAUCACAGUAGAAACAUUAGUCUUGUGACCUAAGGUACUGCAGACACUAUAUAAAUCAAUACCUUAUACUAAUUAUAUACAUGUAACAUAAAAUUAAAGAACGAAGAGGUGACUCUAACUCUAACUUUGGGGACCCAGCACACAAGAGAUGAAGCUGAGUAAAGUGCAGUAUGAGGAGAUUGCUAAAUUCAUUACCACCCUGAAGCCCACUAGACAAUGCAUGCGACAACUGAAGGCAAGAUUCCCCCGUCAAUCGCAGUCCACUCUGCUGAGCAUCUUCUCCCAGGAGUACCAGAAGCAUGUAAAAAGGACCCAUGGGCGACAUCAUGCUCCUGAGAGCAUUAGAUUGUACUACAGCAAAUACUUACAUGGUAUAGCAGAGGAUCCAACAGCGCCUGUCUUGCUAAACCUGGCCAAUGAGGUAGACUUCUCUCCAGCCUUGAUUGCGCGGACAAUUUUGGAGCACUUUCUUCAAGUUCAGGAUGGAGUCAUACCCACAAAGCCUGUCCUGAACAGUAUGCUGCGGGACCCUUCUCUGAUCCCCGACCCUGUUCUUGCCAAUCAGAUUAAUCAGUGUAUUGUCAAUGACUGCUGCAAUGGACCCUUGGUGGAUUGUAUCAAGCACUCUAUUGGCUAUGAGCAUGAAGUCCUUCUAAGAGAAAAACUAUUGGAGAAAAACCUAGCCUUUUUAGAUGAAGACCAGCUGCGGUUAAAGGGCUAUGAUAAAACUCCUGACUUCAUUCUGGAAGUUCCAGUAGCUGUCGAAGGGCAUGUUAUUCAUUGGAUUGAAAGUAAAGCAUCUUUUGGAGAUGAAUGUAGUCACCGCAUGUACCUGCAGGAUCAGUUCUGGAGUUACUGGAACAGAGUGGAACCAAAAAGUGCAGCAAGAGCGAGCACCACCAGAAAAGCUGCAAUGGGGGAUUGUGGCAGGUUUGGGCCUGGCCUCGUCAUCUACUGGUUUGGGUUUAUAGAAGAACUUGACUGCCACCGGGAACGUGGUAUACUGCUGAAGCACGAGUUUCCUUCUGACAUAGUAACACUGCGUGGCUGCAUGGCACUGGAAGAAGAGCAAGGCCAGGAAGUCGAAGAGUGCAAGUCAGAGAAAAGCCAGGAAGCACAGUAAUAUUUACAUGCAGGUUUUAAAUGUUGAACUCCAGAUGAACUGCAGGACAGGGUUACAGAGCUACCUUCUCAUACAAACACUCAGACAAUCUGUUUACCUUCCUUCCCAGCUGCCCUUCUGGCCUAUGCUACAGCCCAAAAUCCACACACUAUCUCUAACACCUCUGCUUCUGCAGAUGCUUUGCGGACAUACACACUGGCCUUCCUUCCGUCUGCACCCUUUUACUCUCAGCCAAGAGGAAACCAAUGCUCUUCUGACGCCCCUUACUGUUAUUACUCUCCAAAUAUAUUUGCAGAGGACCCAUGCUAUUGGGCGUGUAAUUCACUAGGACAAUGACUAAGAGUGAAUAUAGGAAAUUUAUGUAACACAUCCAGUAGAAGGUUGCCAAUAACUUAUAUUUGAUUUGUUUCUCAGAAAAUCUGAAAAUGCUACUAUAAUUUGUAUAAUUCUUGAGUACACAUACAGUGUUUCUGAUAAUAACAUGUACAUAUAUACAUUAUAGACUGGGAUUUCCUAGCAGAAAUGACUUGUCACCUAAUAAGAACUAAA